AUGGAGAAUUAUCAUAUUCUUCAUUAGAUUGGUGAAGGUUCUUUUGGUAAAGUUUUUAAGGGUAGAAGAAAAAAUACAGGAUAAAUUUUGGCAUUGAAAUUCAUUUCAAAAAGAAAUAAAUCUGAAAAAGACUUAGCUAAUUUAAGGUAGGAAAUUGAAAUUUUAAGACGACUCAAGCACGAAAACAUUAUUCUUCUUUUAGAUGCAUUUGAGACUCCUCAUGAGUUUUGUGUUGUUACAGAAUUUGCUUAGGGUGAAUUGUUUGAAAUAUUAGAAGAUGAUAGAAGUCUACCUGAAUCUGAAGUUAGAAAAAUAGCUUAGUAAUUAAUCUUAGCAUUAGACUACUUGCAUUCAAAUAGAAUUAUUCAUAGAGACAUGAAGCCUUAAAAUAUCUUAAUUUCUGCAAAUGGCGUUGUAAAAUUAUGCGAUUUCGGUUUUGCUCGUGCUUUGUCUUCAAAUACUUAAGUACUCACAUCUAUUAAAGGUACUCCACUCUAUAUGGCUCCAGAGCUUGUUAAAGAAUAACCUUACAAUCACACUGUUGAUUUAUGGUCUCUAGGUGUUAUUUUAUAUGAACUGUUUGUAGGACAGCCUCCUUUUUAUACAAACUCUAUUUACAAACUGAUCGAUUUAAUUAUUAAAGACCCUGUUAAGUAUCCUGAUAAUAUGUCGUAAGAAUUUAAAGAUUUCUUAAUGGGACUGCUUAAUAAAAACCCCAGUGAAAGAGCUGAUUGGCCAAACCUUCUCAAUCAUCCUUUUAUCCAAGAAACUGAACCUGAAAAAGCUGAGAGAAGAAAGAGACUAGAAAAAUACUAGCAAUGGGCAGGCUUGUAAGAGGUUAAUGGAUCUGAUGAAAAAGAAAAUGCAGUUCCAAGUGUUUAAUCAAUUCCAAAUCAACAAGCACCUUUAACUCCAGGAUUAAAUGGAUAAAAAAGAAAAGGUUCUUCUACACCAACAGCUUAAUAGUAAAACAAUACAAACAUUUUAGCUUUUGAUGGAGUAGGAGAAAAAAAUAAAGUAGAUAACAGAGAUGUUUCGCCUAGAAAAGUUGUUUGCACUGAUGAAAUUUGGAGCAAGUAUGAAUAAUAAGCAAAAGAUGAUAAUGGAAUUGCAGAACUUAGAAAAGAUACAGGAUUUUUAGACAAACUCUUGUAAUUAUUAAAAAUUAAUGUAAAUGAUGUUUUAAGAAAAGAAAAAAAAUCUUCCGUAUUAAUCGGCUUAAAGGUAUUGUGUUAAGUAAUAAUCAGAGGUAGAUCUGAUGAUGACAAUAAAAUAGAUAUUACUAAAAACGCUCUUCUUCCUGGUUUGCUAAUUAAUCUAUUAAAGAAUAUAUUGAAAAUAGAUUAAAGCAAGACUCUCAUCGAUUUGAUAUGUGAAUUGAUAAAGACUAUAUGUCUGUUAGCUAAAUCUACUUUUGAUAAGAAUGUUGGUAUUGAAAAUACUUACAUCUAGGUCUUUUUGCCUUAAAUACCUUAAUUAAUAAAGUUGGGAUCUUCUAACAAUGAUAUUCCCCACUAAUCUCUGCUUAUUAACAUUGUAAAGACUAUUGGUAUCUUUGGAAAUUAAGCAAGCGCUAACCCUAUCAGAAAUUACAAUUUUUACAAAGAAUUAAUUGAAAUUAAAUUUAUUCCAGACAGUAUCGCAUUACUCAAAAGCAUGGAAAAUGCAUAAAGUUUACACAACUUCAUUAUUUAAGUCUUAGCUGUUCUUGUUCAUCCAGUUUAUGGUGACAUUUUUACUUUCCCAUGGAAAAGAGGCCUGAGUGGUGCUGUUUCUGAAUUUUGUGAAUGCUUGUAUAUUUUUGAAUGCUUGAAAACUUAAGUUUACACUUGUUUGUAAGAAGUUGAUUGGCUAAGCUUAUUUGUGCGCUUGUACAAUUCAGAAGAAGAUAACUCAAAAUUAACAAAAAUAUCGAUUUUAAGAAUUGUUAUGCAAGGUGUCAGAACAAUAAGAGAGUUAAUAGAUAAGAUUUUGACAAAUAGACUUAUGCUGACUACUCUGUAAUAAAAUAUGUAUAGCGAUGAGCCAUUUAUUAAUGGAACAGCUAUGCAGAUUAUGAUUCAUAUAAUGAAGCAUCUUUCGAGCAAAAAAGACACUUAAAUUGAUCUAUAAAUCAAUGUUUAGUUUAUUCUUGAUAACUUAGAGAAGAAUGUUUGGAAUCACCCUAUUGUUGCAAUAAUCUCUAUUAAUUUGUUAGCUGAAAUACUCUAAAAUGACUCAGCACUUUCUGUUGCAAUUAUUUAAAAAUUCUAAAAUGUUAAUUCUUACAAAUUACUCACAGAACUCUUAAAUCCUACAAAGAAAGUAAAUAAAAUUGAAGAAAUCAGAAAUAUAGAAGGUUCUGGAUUCGGUUGCCCAGUUUAUGGAUUCAAUGAUGGUAUAAUUAACUUCUUACAGAGAUUAUUAUUUAGAUAUCAUAGAGAGCAUAGAAAACUAAGUGAGCUAUUUGCUUUGUUUGAAUAAAGUGGUAUUGAUAAUAGCAUCCUUAAUAUACUCACUACUCUCAAUUCUAAGAGUGACAUUUCUCCAAAAGGUUUUGUGUCUUUCCUUAUACUUAUUCAUGACACAAUAAUCUCUGACUUCGUUUAAUUUUCUAAUAAAAUUUUCCAAGAAAAAGUGUUAUUAAUUUUAUGUGAAUUGCUUAAAGAGUCUUAACUUAAAGCUCUAAAUGAGUGGCCAAGCAGCUAUGGAGGUGGUAUGAUGUGCGUUCACUUAAUAACUGCAUAAUUACUUAGAAUAUUUAAUCUUCCUUUCACUCAUCCAUCCCAAGAAAAUGAUUUAGAAAGAAUAACAAGAGAGCUUAAUAACUCCGAGAUUAUUUUAAGCACUCUUAAAACUAUUUAAUAUCUAUAAAAAGAUCACAUCGGUAUUGCUAUUUAAUUGCUCUCUCGUCUUAUUCUUAAUACAGAAGAUGACAAAUAAUUUGCAGCAUAGUUUGUAAGCAAUAACGGACUUUACAUCAUUAAGAAGUAUAAUUUGUUGCAUCAUGAAAAUCCUCAUCCUUUGAUAGUUGAUACACUCAAUAUUUUGAGCUAGCUCGCUCGUAUAUCUAAAAAUUAUUAUGAUAAUAUCCACGUAAUUGACAUCUACCAAGAAUUAAAGAAGCUUAUUGUCCAUAAAGAAGGUUCAGUAAGAGCCAAAGUAUGUAAUUUCAUAGGUAACAUUUGCCGUCAUUCAAGUUAUUUCUAUGAAAUGCUACUAAAAAAUGAUUUAAUUUCUGCUUGUAUUGAAUGCUGCAAAGACUCAGACAAAGCUACAAGAAAGUUUGCAUGUUUUGCAGUUGGUAAUGCUGGUUUUCAUAAUGCUGCACUUUAUGAACAUCUCAGGCCUGUUGUGCCUUUACUUGUAGAUCUUCUAAAAGAUCCAGAAGAAAAGACAAGAGCUAAUGCAGCAGGAGCCUUAGGUAACUUUGUAAGAAAUUCAGAUACUCUUACUUAAGAUUUAAUCAAGCAUAGAGCACUCCAUGCCAUGCUUGACGUUGUCUUGAAUGAUAUGGGUCCAAGUUUAUCACCCAAAAGAAUAGCAUUAUUCUCUAUUGGAAAUUUGUGUGUUUAUCCAGAGUGCAGAAAGGUUUACAUGGAAAUGAAUAUUCAAGCAAUUAUAAAACAAAUUUAAGAUGGUAAUAAUUAAGACCCUCAAAUAUAAAAAUAUGCAGCUAGAAUCCAGCAAAAGCUUAGUAAAUUGAUAGUUGAUAUUUAAAUUGAAAAAAUAAAAUUUAUUUUAAAAAACAGAUUAGGACAUGCAAUAAUGAAAAUAGAAUCUCUGUAAUAAAAAAAUUUUUUAUUAAAUAACCAACUGUAAAAUAUAAAUGACUCAAAAUAAUUAAUAAAAAUUAUAUAUAAAUAAUUAAAAAUAUUUUUGUUUUUCUUUAAUUGUGUUUGUUUUAAAGACAUUUCAUAAAGACUAUUUGUACAAAAUUUACCUAUCUAUCUAUCUAUCUAUCUAUCUAUCUAUCUAUCUAUCCUUCCAUUUCAAAAAACUUUAAAAAUAGUCAAUUAAAAAAUAAAGUUUUUUGUUUUAAAAAAAUAAAUUCAAAAUAUGUUUUUGGUUUUAAAAAAGUUAAUUUAAAUUAAAAUAAAUAGCAAAUUUAAGAUAAUUAUAAUUAAGACCCUUUAAUAUUAAAAUAUGCAACUAAAUUGA